AUGGCAGGCUAUGGUGGAGCUGCAGACGGAACAGCCUAUAACCCUCAAAGUCAAAUGAAUUUGAGUUCACUCAAAAAUCAAAUAACAGAUGUCAAAAAGUCAAACAUAGACAUACAGAAGCAAAUAAGUGAAAACGAAAAGAAACUAGAAUAUGACAGACACACAAAGAAACUCAAUGAGUUAAACGUAGAGAAAAAGAAGAAAGAAGAACAACUGAAAGAACUAAGUACAGAGGAAUAUGCGAAAAAAGUGUCAGAAAAAGCAGCAGAAGUAGCAAAAAUGGAACAAGAUGUCAUAAAUUUGAAAAACCAUACUACUCAAUAUAAAAUACUGAAAGAUGAAGAGAUAAAACAAAAAGCCCUGAAGACAUAUAUGGAUAGCGAUGAGUAUAAAAAGGAAGUUGAAGCAAAUGUAAAGGCAGAAAAACUUUUACAGUUGCAAAACCAAACCGUACAGUAUGAAAACUUAGCACAAGAAAGUAAAAAUAACGACGCGGCUAUGCAAAAGGCAAUGAAAAGCGCAGAAUAUAUAAAAGCUAACAAUGACUGGUUAGAUGCCCAAGCCAACGCUAAAGCAGCCCAACUCAUAGGGUCAAUAAGGACAAAAAUACAAGCGGAUGAAGACAGUUCAAAUGAAGCUUUAACAAAUGCUGACUUUAAGAACGCCUUCGAAGCUCUUCAUAGUAAGGUGAAACUAGUGAACGACUUCUCAUCUGGAAAGAAACUGAAGUCUGAAGGUUUCGACAAAGAGUUAAAAGAAGUAGCACAAAAUAUGACGAAAAUAACAGAUGCAGCAACGAGACAGGCAGUUCAAAGUGCCUAUGACGCCGUUAGAGCAACUGUUGUGAAAAGUCAAGAAAAAGAGUUACAACAGACCAAAACAGACCUAGUAAAUGCUUUCUUAAAAACGAAAAGUCAGGUAGGACAUUACGCUGCAGAUGGAACAUAUGUGCCAGCUGGUGGAACUU